GUUCAGCACGCGAUUCUCAUUUCGUAAGAGCGUAUAAUCGCGCAUAAGCCUCUCGUUAGUUCCUCGUUCGUCUUGGCGAUUAUGAUAGCGCGGCGGCGUCUUGCCGUACUCGGCGCGUUCUACUGAAAUUUUGCCUCCUAGCUCUCGAUGUGCGCAUGUAUAGUUCGAGUUCAUUGAUCGCACCGAAGAAACAUGUGGCUCAGCCGAUUCGAGGCUUGCAUUCUUCGCGCAUUUCCAAAGGUAUAAUUUAUCUAUAGGCCAUGUGUUAAUUUCGAGUGUUUCAUCUUCACUUAGCGGCUCUUAGCUGCUUUAAAUCCGAGCGUUCGACUACUGUUCGCCUUUCGAAUGGAGGUGUGUAGAGUUAUUUCUAUAUGCGACAAAAAUUAGGAACCUGAUGUGUUGCCUGAUUGAUUUCGCGCGACGAAAGAACGCCGUGACACGGGGCUUUAACAUUAAAGGUGAUAUGCCGGAGUUUAUAUUGCAAGUAUGACGUCAGCCUCGCGCGCGGUUAGGCUCGCGAAUAGCUCGCGAAUUUUCCACAUUAGCAUUGCAAAAUGUCUGCAGCUUUGCGCUAAGCCUUUAUGCUAUAGACAUAUACCAUAUAGGCGAGAAAAAACGCAUAGCUGACAGAUCUUUUCCUUUCACUCGGAAACCGUGUCUAUUUUUUUUUCGCACCUCUAUAACGCAAUGAAAAAACACUAUGUCAUCGAAGAUUCAAGAGAUGACGAGUUACGUAACGAAUUGAUUCAUCACCUGCGUCGCGCGUUGUAAUUCUCAUUGUGCCAAGUGCAAAUUGCAAAUCCAGCGGUCACUUUAGAAUCGCUUCCGCUUCUCUGAAUUCGUUGAAGAGCCGCUCUGUACUUAGAGCUUUUAUGAAAGCGCGCUUAUGUAGAAGCUGCGCGAAGAAUAAUCUGCAGCGCGGGAGAACGCGUGGGAGUUAAUGCUGCGCGCUUAGCGUAAACGCGUGAAUCUGGAGGUCUCUAUUGUAAUUUUCAGAUGACGCGUAUGAAAGGUAAAUCUGAAGAGAAAUUGGAGUACUAAGUGUAGGUAUAAUCGAUUUCUCCACUUACAUAUAAUUACGAUCAGUGAAUUAGUUUCGCACAGGUACGCGAACCGAUGACGACAUCGGGGCGGAGAAAUUGCUGCCAAAUUGCAUGGGUGAUGCGAGCUGGCCUGCACGAAUAUCAUAGUUAUUUUUAACUUUGAUAAUAAAACGCUCGGAGGAGCGCGAUUAUGCUGGUUGGACUUGGCUUGCGAUUGUUGACACCGACUUGUUGUUUGUUUGGCGGCGAAGUGAAAGCGAGUUAAUGAAAUUUCGCUAUUCAGCUGAAUAGCGGAGUUGACAUUUUUUAAUUUGCAUUAUAAUAGAUAAUUGUGAUGCAGAAUAUUCUUUUAACGAUUUUCCAGCUUUUAAAUGCGAAUGAUAAAGACAGAAAUAUUGCGAUCAAUGACUGUCACUGCCAUCGGGGAAAAUAUCUCGCAACUACUAGAGAAGCAGUUACCGACAGCUACUCGAUAGAUCGACGGAAUUCUUUCAUAGAUGGAGCAGCUUGUGAAAUACCGUUUUAGUAAACAAGGCAACGUGCUGUCUUUCACCUGUGUGUACUUUCGUUUUGAAGUAUAAAGUACAAUUUUAAUGUUUAUAACGGCUGAUUUCUGUUGAAUUUUAGUUAGAAAAACUCGAACAUGACAUGUUUAUUGAAAGAACAAAAGUUCGAGUGCCGUGUCAGCUCAGUGUUGAAUAAAAACGUAAAAAGCUAUGGCAAACAGUUUAUGUUCGACGAUGACGGAGAAACGUGCUGGAAUUCGGAUUCUGGAAGUCCUCAAUGGGUAUUGAUAAGCUUUCCACAAGAAGUCGAUUUAUCGUCGAUAGAGAUUCAAUUUCAAGGCGGCUUUGCCGGACAGAAAAGCCACGUAGAAGCUGGAGCGGAUUCCAAGAGUUUGGAAAAAGUGCAAGAUAUCUAUCCGGAAGAUAUAAAUACUACUCAGCUUUUCAAACUGAACUCCGUGAUAAAAGCCAAAGUGUUCAAAAUUGUUUUCGAAAGCAGCACGGACUUUUUCGGCAGAAUUAUCAUUUACAAGUUGUCCUUGAUUUCGUGAUAUAAACAUUGUCAAUACAUCGAUAACAUAUUUUUAUAACAUUUUUGUACAGUAUUUAAUAAAAUAAUAAUUUACAAGGA